GACUAUUCAGUCGGAUCAAUAUUUACCGAAUUCCUACAGAAUGCUGACGAUGCGGGUGCAAGAAAAAUUUGCUUUGUUAUUGAUGAAAGAGAUCAUAGAAAAUUUAAUAAUUGGUUUGGUUUGCUCUGCAAAAAUGCAGAUAAACAGAAUUCAUUAUUAUCCGAUGAAAUGAAUCAAUGGCAAGGACCUGCUCUAUGGAUAUAUAAUGAUGCUGAAUUUACUCAGCAUGAUUUUGAAUCUUUAAAAAAGCUUGGAAUGGGAGGAAAGAGGGAUGAUAAAACAAAAAUAGGAAGAUUUGGAAUUGGAUUCAAUUGUGCUUAUCAUUUGACUGAUCUACCGAGCUUUGUUAGCGGAGAGCAUAUAGUUUUUUUUGAUCCACUAGAGAAAUUCUUGCCAAAAACCGGAAAUCCACCUCGUAAUCCUCGUGGAACAAAAAUUAAUUUCAUUGAAAAAGAUUUCAAGAAAAGAUUUGAAGAUCAAGCAUCCACAUAUGAUAAAAUUUUUGGUUGUGAAUUUAAAGAGAAAUUUAAUGGAACCUUAUUUAGAUUACCUUUACGAACACUUCCAAGUGAAUUAUCAACUCAAACAAUAAAACCAGAGAAUCUUAAAACCAAAAUUUUUGAUAAUAUACAAGGAUGUCGUGAGUUGUUAUUUUUAAGAAAUAUUGAAGAAUGUAGUUUAUUUCAAAUGAAUAAGAAUACAAUAGGCAAUCCCGAGCCCGAGUUAGUUUGGGAGACAAAGAUUAAGAAUAUGAAUGAUGAUAUUCGUAAAAUUCGUAUUUCUCAAUCAUGGGAAGCAAAACUUUAUCAACUCGAAAUGGAAAUGUGCUAUAAGCAAAAUCGAUACAAUAAAAAUAAAUGUUCAGAAAUUUGGCAAAUAUGUAAUGGUGGGGAUAAUGUAGUAGACAAAUCCAGAUUCAGAGAGAUUUCUAAAGAGGUUAACCUUUUGGCAAGAGGCGGUGUUGCUGUGCUGUUGUCUAUGGGAGAUGGUAAAUCAUUGGAAGAGCUUAAAGCUGAAAAGUUUUCCAAUGUUCCAGCACUCAAUGGAAAGGUUUAUUCGUAUCUUUCACUUCCGUUGUUUACAUCUCUUGGUGUUCACAUCAAUGGGUCAUUUUGUUUAUCCAGUGAUCGAAAGAAUGUUUUACAAGCUGAUAGUGAUCUAUUAACAGCCGAAACAAAAGAAGGAGAAUGGAAUAGAUAUAUAUUGUUGGAUGUUUUACCUCCACUACAUUCUAAGAUUUUAGAGCAUGUGGCUAAUCAAUUGACGUCAUCUUUUAAUGAUCAAAUAUUUUCACGAUUGUGGCCAAUAAAGUCUUCAAUUUCGGAUAUAUACCGAGAAUAUGGGUUUAAUGUGCUUAGGAAAUUAUAUCGUGACAAAAGUAAAGUUUUUUGGACUGAAGCGAAUGGUGGUGCACUUAUUACGUUCCAAAAGGCAUAUUUUGCGACUUCAAAUAAUUCGGUUAUUGCAAAUAUACUUGUAAAUCACGAAAUAGAAGUAGUCAAAUUACCUGAAGAAAAUAUGAAUCACAUUAUUGAAAUGAUUGGAAAAAUGCAAGGCUCAUCUGUUAAGUUCAUCACUCCAAAAGUAGUCUGUUCUUUACUUAAGUCUAAAUCAAAUAUUCUGAACAAUGAAAACGAAAAGUCACAUGAAAUAGCAUUUCAAUUGUUAAAUUUCAUUACUCAAGGUGAAACUUCAGAUCGCUUGCAACUCUAUAAGCAACUUAAUGGUUUACGUUUAUUACCGCUUUGUGAUAACUCUUUAGGAGUUUUUGGUUCACAAACAUAUUACAUUGCAAAACAAGAAUUACGAAAGUUAUUCCCUAAAGCAUUGUCAAAAUUUGUUGCUGAUCCACCUUUUAUUCUUCAAGGGACUUUUAAAGAUGAGAAUUUUU